AAGAAUUAUAAAAAUAUUUUGAAUAUUAUGAAUAAUAAUUUUCAUGAAAAUCGAGAAAUGGCAGUCACAUUUGGAUUAGAAAAUGUUCCUGAAGAAGAUAUGAAAGUAAAUAAAAAAUUUCGAAUGCAUGUAUUUAAAUUUCAAAGAUUUAUGGCUACUAUUGUUGAUAUUCUUCCACAAGCUGAUCGAACUGAUGAACUUGUACAAAUAAUAAGGUUAGUGGGAAGACAGCACUGCCAUAUAAAAUCUAUGAGUUUUACAGCUGAUAAAUGGUUACUAUUUAAAAAUUCACUAAUUUCUGUUUUAUGCGAUGCUAAUUCACAGAGAAAAGUAUACGAAAGUUGGAGCCGAUUGUUGAGUUUUGUUAUUUAUGAAAUGAAAGAUGCAUAUCUGAAAUAUGUAUGUGUUUUAUCUGUUUUCAUUAAAUUAUGCAAAAUAUGA